AUGACGGGAAAAUCAGGGGCAAAGAAGGAGGAGGAGUUGUCGGAUGUCAAAUUGGACAGCCCUUAUGGAUAUGGAUACUCUGAGAGUUUUAAGCCCAAGAAGGCUGGAUUUCAAUGGAGGUCACUCUCUAUUAAAAGACUACUCGGUUUGUUGACUGUAAUAAUUUUGAUAUCAAUUUUAUCGGUGAUACCGAACUUGUUAAAGCUUAAGAAGUCAAAGGUUGUUAUUAUUCUAGCGGCCAACGAAGGAGGGGGAGUUCAAAGAUGGAAGACACCACAAGAAUGGUCUGUGGAAAGGUCUUCCAUAGCUAACAAAAAGGAGUAUGCAGAAAAGCACGGCUAUAUUCUUACAAUUAAAGACGUCUCGUUGAAAAGACGGUAUAGCCACGAGUGGAGAGAGGGCUGGGAAAAAGUGGAUAUCUUGAAACAAACCAUGAGACAAUUCCCAGAUGCCGAAUGGUUCUGGUGGUUGGAUUUAUAUACGUUUAUUAUGGAGCCGGAGGUGGAUUUAGAGCAAUACUUGUUGGAUCAUGUGGAAGACAAAACUUAUAGGACUUUAGAUCACUUCAAUCCAUUAAACAUAGAAAAGGAUCUCCCCUACGUUGACACACGCAAAGAACCAGUGGAUCUGGUUCUUGCACAGGAUUGUGGAGGUUUCAAUUUGGGAUCAUUUUUUGUAAGAAGAUCGCCAUGGUCGGAACUCCUGCUGGAUUUAUGGUGGGAUCCUGCCAUGUAUGAUCAAAUGCAUAUGAAAUGGGAACAUAAGGAACAAGAUUGCCUUGAAGUGUUGUACUCAAAGAUGGCAUGGGUUCGUAAUAGAAUUGGCUUUGUUCCGUUAAGGGCCAUCAACAGUUUUCCUCCAGGUGCUUGUUCCGACCAGAAGGAUGAUCCUAGGUACUUCUACAAUGACAAAGAGCGUGACUUCGUGGUGAAUAUGGCUGGAUGUAACUAUGGAGACAGAUCUUGUUGGGACGAGUACGAGUACUACAGAAAGCUUCAGAAGAAGUUCAGAGAGACGCCGUGGUAUAGAUUGUGGUAG